UCUUCCGACAAUUCAUCUCUUUCUAUGAUUUGAAACAUGGGUCCUGUGUAUAUUCUGGUUUAGAUUUGUGGGUCUUGUUUUGUUCUAAAACAGGGCUAAAAAGUUCUCUUUUUAUAGACUUUUUCAGAUGUGCCAAUCACAUUCAAUUCUAGAGCUUCCUACUCUCUUUCUGUUUAUGUCUGGAUGAUACUCUUAUAAUUGAGGGAAAACUAUGAAAAAAAAUGAGAGAAUUCUUAAAGAUGGUAGAAACAUAGAUUUAUCUUUGAAGCUAACUCUGUUUUGACAUAUAUUUCAGUGUUGAAGAUUACGAUAUCAAGAUCUGUAAGAGUUCCUUAUUUUCUCCUAUAAAUGCCAAGAGGAAGAGGUUCAGAAAUGGCUCAGAGGGUGUCAACCAGAGGUCCGGCUCCUCUGCGAACAUCGAGCUCCGACUCCGAUCCACUACACCACCGUCCGAUAACUGACCGGAGCCCAAAACUAGGCGACCGCCGGUCACCGAGAAGUGCACAUUCCGAGCCGAUUAACCAGAAGAAGCUCGGAACGCGAAUUGCAGGGUUGGAAACUCAACUGGAGCAAGCUCAAGGUGAGCUCAAGAUACUUAAAGAUCAGUUGGCGUCAGCUGAAGCCGCAAAGAAAGAAGCUCAAAAGGAACUCGAAAAAAGGACCAGAAAGCCGCCGGUGGUCGUUUCAGAGCCUGAAACACGGUCGUCACCAAGCGAAACACAGGAUUCAAACAAAGAGAUCAGUCAAGAAGACGAAAUCCCAGAUGAGAUUCAGAACGAAACUGAUGUUUUUGAAGUCCCAAUUGAAAUGGUUACUCAAUCGUGCGAUCUGAAUGAGGUCAAAACCAAAGAAUCGAGCGUUUCACCUGAAUCACUAGAAAAGCUUCGUUCCGAUGACGAAGAGGUAAGUCUACUGAAACUGAAAAUCGAAGAGAAGGAGAAGGAUUUAGAAGCAUUCCGACAAGAAAACGAAAGUCUAAAACUUCAACUAAGUGAAGCUAAUGUGGAGAUAUCAUCUGGUAAAUCAAAAGAAGAGAAAACGAGUUUGAAGAUGACGCAGCUUGAAGAAGAGCUGAAAAGGAGUAAAAACGAUGGGAUUGAACUGAAGGAGAAGCUGCAAGAGGUUGAAGGAGCAAAAGAGGCGUUGGAAACAGAAAUGAAGAAGCUGAGAGUACAAACAGAGCAGUGGCGGAAGGCGGCAGAUGCAGCAGCAGCCAUUUUAUCCGGCGGGGUGGAGAUGAACGAUGGAAGAAGAGUUUCUGAAAGAUGUGGUUCAAUGGAUAAACAUUACGGCGGCGUGUUUGAUGGGUACGGUGGUUUUGUGGGUUCACCGGGGAUGGGUGAUGAUUGUGACGAUGGAUUAGGGAAUGGGAAGAGAAAGGGUUCUGGGAUUAGGAUGUUUGGUGAUUUGUGGAAAAAGAAGGGACAGAAAUAGGGUUUGUGAAUUUGUUUAUGAUUUUGGGAGUGGUGGGAUUUGUUUUGAAAAACAAAAAGAACUAUGUUUUUUAUUUUUGUUGUUUCAACGUUAUAUGUUGAUGUAGAUUGAUGAUGAUCAUCAUGUUAGAAUGAUCUAAUUAAUUAUGUUGUCUUGCUGUUGCAUUUA